AUGGAAGCUGAGGAGGUCGCAGCGGUGGCAGCAACAGCAGCACUGCGGACACCCAAGUGCUCCCGCUGCCGUAACCAUGGCUUUGUGGUGCCGGUGAAGGGCCAUGCCGGCCACUGCCGCUGGAAGCUCUGCAGGUGUGACAAGUGCUCCCUCAUCACUGAGCGCCAGAAGAUCAUGGCAGCCCAGAAGGCCCUGAGGCAGCAGGUGCCCGAUGUGCCCGACCCCCGAUCUGGGGCAAACUCAGGGCCCGCGCCUUCGGGUGAUGGUCCUGGGGUUGCUGCCAGGGCAGCCAGUGUCCCUGAGCAGAGCCACCAUGAGGGGAUGAAGGGCGCCCAGCCGGCUGGCAGCAACAGCAAAGGCAUGGCAUGCAGGGGACUGCCACCACCUCCCAGCGGCCCUCCCUUCUGGGACUACGCUCACCCUGCUUUUCCUCCAGAAUAUAUGGUCAACCAAGAAUACCUGGAGAGAGAACCUACAAAAGUGUACCCUGGCUGUUCUGGGGUAUAUCCUUGCCACCCAUUUCCUGUGGGAUUUGCCAUCAAUGAGUCAAGCUGCAGGGGAGCACCAUCACCUCCAGGGAUUUCACUUCAGAGAGGUUUCCGACACAUUCCUAGCAACUAUGGGCCAGGGAAUGCAGCUUCUGUGUCAAUUCCAGAUGGAGGUGGAGAUUUCCAUCAAGGAUAUUACACUCCUCUGCCUCCGUUCAUCCCACCAGGUUUUCUGCCAGGGAUUCAUUACAUUCCACCUCCCCUUUCACUGAACAAGUUGGCUGAAACAACCAAGGAAGUACAAGCUACUGAAGCUGACAGUCAGGAUUCAGGGGUGGUUCGUGAACCUGGCCAAGUGUCUUCUUCCCCAGAAGAAACAAGCAGAGACCAAGCUGUAUAUUCUAAACAGUAAAUGGGCUGGAGGAGAGCUGGGUAGCAGGCAGAGCUAUUUUCGUUACCAAGGAGAGUGUUUGUUAAUAUGAGGAGGGCAGAGUGACAGUCACUGAGCUGUCACAACACCUAGAAG